UUUAAACUCCUGGUCACACUUGGUGUUAAAGAAGUUAACAAUAAAUAGUUGGUUUAUCCGUGGAAUCGCACAAAACAAAAUGAAAAAAGUGCUGGUCACAGGUGGAACUGGCCUUGUAGGCAAAGCCUUAGAAGCGGUAAUUAAGGAGCAGGCUCCAGCUGAUGAGCAAUGGUACUUUGCCGGCUCGAAAGACGCCGAUUUGACAAAUCUGGCAGCCACGCAGGCACUCUUCGCCCGGGAGAGGCCUUCGCAUGUUAUCCACCUGGCAGCCAUGGUCGGCGGUCUGUUCCACAACAUGAACAAUAACCUAGACUUCCUGCGCAACAACUUGCUCAUUAACGACAAUGUCCUGCAAACGGCGCACGAACAGGGCUGCAGCAAGGUCGUAUCUUGUCUAUCCACCUGUAUUUUUCCGGACAACACCAGCUAUCCAAUAGAUGAGACCAUGGUGCACAAUGGGCCACCGCACCCGUCUAAUUAUGGCUACUCAUAUGCUAAGCGACUGAUAGACGUGCAGAACCACGCCUACCACGACAAAUACGACCGGCUUUACAGCUCCGUGAUUCCGUGCAACAUUUUCGGUCCGCACGACAACUACAAGCCCGAGGUAAGCCAUGUAAUUCCGGGCAUGAUUAAUCGGAUGUACCAGCUGAUAAAGGAGCAGCCAGAAGUGCCAGAGAGCGAAAAAGUAUUCACAGUCUUUGGAAGCGGAAAGCCCCUUCGUCAGUUUGUGUACUCACUGGACUUGGCCGAGCUUAUGAUCUGGGUGCUCCGGGAGUAUGACAGCGUAGAGCCUAUCAUUCUAAGUGUAGAUGAGGCUCAGGAGGUGACCAUCUACGAAGUGGCUAAGGCCAUAGCCAAAGCAUUUAACUUUAAGGGAAAAUUGGUCUGUGAUACGAGUAAGGCGGAUGGACAGUACAAGAAGACAGCGUCCAAUGCCAAGCUUCGCUCUCUCCUUCCUAACUACGCAUUUACUAACUUUGAAACGGCCAUCGAAAAGUCGGUGGAGUGGUACAAAGACAACUACGAUCAGGCCAGAAAGUAAUUUCACAUUGAAGCCCCUACACAAUUGUAAAUAGACAUCGUCUGUACACAGAA